AUGAACUUUGCUUUAGUUCAGAUUGAAAAGCUAUUAUCUAAUCAUGGUAAGAGUUUGAAGGACUAUCCUGAGAUGCCAACGGCCAAUUUUGGUGCGUUAAACAUUAUUGCAAAUAGGUUGAUUCAAGAAGAAUUAUCAUACGAUCAUGGAGAACAAGAGAAAGAGAAUCAAGAAUUGGUAAGGCAGUUAACAGACGAACAAAGGGCAAUAUACAAUGAAGUGUUAACUGACGUCGAUUGCCAGCAAUGUGGGUUAUUCUUCGUAUCUGGUUAUGGAGGGACAGGUAAGACUUUCUUGUGGCGAGCACUUUCUUCCGCAUUAAGGUCUAAGAGUCAAAUAGUUUUAAAUGUUGCUUCUAGCGGCAUAGCUUCGCUGUUAUUACCUGGGAGUCGUACGGCGCAUUCCAGAUUUGCUAUACCGAUAUCUGUUAAUGAAGAUUCCACGUGCAACAUAAGGAAUGGCAGUGAACUGGCGGAACUUCUUGUGCAAACAAAGCUGAUAAUAUGGGACGAAGCCCCAAUGAUGCAUAAAUUCUGCUUUGAAGCUUUGGAUCGAACUAUGCGGGAUUUGAUGCGCUUCGUAAAUCCAAGGAGUUCUGAUAUGACAUUCGGUGGCAAAACAGUUGUUUUGGGUGGCGAUUUCAGACAAAUUUUACCAGUCAUUCCCAAGGAAUCCGAGUGCAAGGAGAUCGAGGAAUUUGCUAAAUGGAUAGCUAAUAUAGGUGACGGAAUGAUUGGGUGUCAACUGGAUGGGGAGUCAGAGAUUACUAUUCCAGAAGAUUUGUUGUUAAAGUGCGAAGAUGACCCUAUUGCUACAAUUGUUGAUAGCACUUUCCCCAAUUUCCGACUGGGACUUGCCGAUUUGUCAUAUCUUAAUCAUAGUGCAAUUUUAGCUCCAACAUUGGAUGUGGUAGAUGCCGUUAACCAAUACAUGAAUGACCAUAAUCCCGCUGAGAGUAAGACAUACCUGAGUUGUGAUUCUGUGUGUAAGUCAGAUGCCAAUGUGGACAUGUUAGCGGAUUUGCACACUCCGGAAUUCUUGAAUGCAUUGAGAUGUUCUGGAGUCCCAAAUCAUGCGUUGACAUUGAAAGUUGGAUCACCUGUUAUGCUGUUGCGAAAUAUUGAUCACACAUUAGGAUUAUGCAACGGUACAAGAUUGGAUACUAGUGCGGUGUCGGCUGGGCUGGAGACCUGUGGCGAGGUGAUAGCGCUGGAUCGGAGAUGGCGGCGAUGGAGCUGUGUGAGGAGCGACCGCAACAGCGACUCCCACGGCGAUGGCGGUGAUGGAGCUAUGCGAGGAGCGACGAGGAAAUGGAGAGCUGCGACAGCUGUGGGUAAUUGGUGGUUUAUGGAGAUGGAGAAGGGUGAAGACGAUAGGGGCUAG